AUGGCUUUGAUUUCUCUCCUUCGUGGGUUUUAUAAAUACUAUGCUACUCUUUUUAAGAGUGUUGAAAUGCCUAACAGUGAGACUGAGCUUGAAGAACGGCUUAAAGAGGCUGGAAAUAGUCUCUUAAACCCUCCAUCAUCUGUUGAUGACCUUCUGGACUUGCUUGAUAAACUUGAGCGUUUCCUUGCAAAUGUGGAGCAAGCACCAUCAAGAUCAAUGCAAGAUGCUCUUUUGCCUGCAAUGGAGGCUUUAAUCUCUAGUGCCCUUUUGAGGCACACAGAAGAAGAUGUAAGGGUUGCAGUUACAUCUUGCAUGAGUGAGAUUACAAGAAUAACAGCACCAGAUGCCCCUUACAAUGAUGACCAAAUGAAGGAAAUUUUUCAAUUGACAGUAGCAUCUUUUGAAAAAUUAUCUCAUGCAUCUGGUCAUUGUUAUACGAAGGCAGUUUCAAUUCUUGAGAAUGUAGCAAGGGUGAGGUCAUGCUUGGUAAUGCUGGACCUGGAGUUGGAUGAACUAAUUUUAGAGAUGUUCCAAUGCUUUCUGAAAUUCAUCAGGUCAACUCAUCCACCAACUGUAAUCUUGGCCAUGGAAGCAAUCAUGACCCUGGUCAUUGAUGAAAGUGAAGAAAUCUCAGUGGAGCUUCUCACCAAACUUUUAGCGAGUGUAAAAAUGCAAAACCAGAGUGUUUCUCCUAUAGCAUGGAAGCUUGGAGAAAGAGUUAUCACUAAUUGUGCUGCUAAACUUAAGCCCUAUCUCAAGAAAGCAGUACAGUCUACAGGCAUACCUUUGGAUGAAUAUGCUCCAAUAGUUGCUUCUAUAUUCCGAGAUGACUUUCGCACACUUGAAUGUGAUUAUAGCAAUCCUUCUGGGGAACAUUUGGAAUUAUCACCAAAUGCUGCUUGUCAUGGAGAACUGUGUGAAGGCAAGGAUGUUAUUUCGAAGUCAAUAGCAAGCAAUGGAACUGCUUCAACUAGAAAUGCUGGGACUGUCAAAAAGGUUAAUGCUUCAAAAACGCUAGAGUCUUGCUCUCUUACCAAGCAUUCUAAAUGCACUGAUGCAAAAGACAAAGCUGAACCUAAAGUCAGGUUAGAAAUGGAGCCAGACACUGUUCCAAGUAAAAGGGGCUGGAAACCUAAUUCUUUAAUGAAUCCAGAAGAAGGCUAUGAUCCUUGGUUUUCUACUGGAAGAACAACUACCAAACUUCCCCGUGAAAAGCUUCAUGAUAAAGGCAUUGAUGAUUUACCCUCAGAAACUCCAGUUUCCAAGAAGGUAGCUCUGUCAUUAACCCAUUUGAGUGUGACAAAACCAACCGGGUUUACCCCCAAAACUGGUCAAAUCUCAGGGUCUUCUUCUCUAUCCCCACAGCAAGGAGUAUAUGCUGGAAGUUAUAAUAAAAGAGGCCGGCCAAAGAAAAAGGGGAUCAACAUGAGUGAAGAUGCUGAUCCAAGUCCUUUAUCCUUGUCAAAGGGAGAAAGCUUGAAUGAUCAAGUUGAAGAGAAAGGCCAAGAAUCUGAUGAUGUCAGUUUGAGAAAGCGUUCUAAAGGGAGAAGUGACUCAGAAGCAAAGAAACAAAAACGCUUAAGAAAAGUUGGAGCUGGCUCAAAGACUCCUAAGAAAAUAUCUCUGUCUUCUGGACAUGUAGUAUCUGCAAAGAAAUCAGAUGUCCCAAGUGAACCUGAGGAAAAGCCUCGCCAUCAGUCAAUUGUGAUUGCGGUAAGGAGAUUUAAUAAACACAGCUCAUCAGUCCAAACAGGCACUAAAAAGAGAAAGACUUUGGAUGGUUCUUCAGCUGUGGAUGAUGUGGAAGCAUUUAGAGAUAAGAAGGUUAAAUCAUUAGACGGGGAUGGAAGUUACCUGGAAGAAACCCCAAAAACAAAACUCAAGAGGAAGCGUACUCCAAGGAAGGAAGUGUCUUCUGAAACUCCUGGUCUCGGUUGGCAAUUGGUUGGUAGCAAAAUAAAGGUUUGGUGGCCAAUGGAUAAGAGGUUCUAUGAAGGAGUUGUUGAUUCUUAUGACCCCAUCAAAAAGAAGCACAGGAUCUUGUAUGCUGAUGGUGAUGAAGAGAAGCUUAAUCUCAAAAGGCAGCGAUGGGAACUAAUUAAAGAUGAUACCCUUCCAGUUCAAGCGCAGGACAUUGAUGUUCCAAAACCUGCUGCUUCGUCUGACAUGAGCAGAGCUGCCAGCAUUUCCAAAACCAGAGCAAGAAGAUUUGCUGGACAAUCUGCAUAUGGUGCUGUAUAUGACAAACCGAUUCUCGUUGACAAACCUGUGGAUCACGACACAUCUGGGCCCGAUAGUGGUUCAGAAGAAGAUGAUGAUAAAAACACGCCUGGGCCAGAUAGCGGUUCACAAGAUGAUGGUAAAGAGAUGCCCGGGCCAGAUAGCGGUUCACAAGAUGAUGGUGAAAAUUCUACUGUCAAGUUGAAGAUUGAAGAUCCAUUGACUGAGAUCAACUCCAAGCAAGCAAUGCCAGAGACUGUAAAUCCAUCUGACAAUGGAAGUCCCAAAGCUGAUACUGGGUACCGUAGCUCCAACUCUGAGCAGACAGCUCCAGUUGGUGUGACCCUGUCCAAGGAUGAAAGUCCUAAAGGGGAUGAUGAAUCUCAUGGUUCUGAUGGACCUAAGAGGGAGCAGCAGGGGGAGUGA